AAACACAUGACUGAUUCAGUGACAAAGAUAUAUAGUCUAAGAAACAAAGGAUAAAGACCAAAGUAAAUUUCUAUGAAACAACACAACAAUCGCAGUCCCUUGUUCUCUAAGUUUGACCAACCAACCAAAUCUAAGUAAUUACAUAAUAUAAAACAAUAAAACUGGAGAAAUUCAAGAACAUAAUAAAAUAGCAAAGAACCAACCGCCUUUGGCCUCAAUGGCAUCAUCAUCAUCAUCAUCUCCACGAAAGUUCAUAGAGAAGGCUCUUCUUGCAACUGGUCCCUUUGCUCUGUCGUACACCGAUCCAGACCAGAAAUGGGUCAUAAGAAAGCAUCUAACUUCAUUCCUCCAAGACUUCCCAAACUUCGACCUCUCUACUGAUACUUUCAACCACAACAACGGAACCGCAGUUCAACUCUUUCGUCUCGAUGGCUCUCUACGUACUCCUCAACAAAGCACAGCUAUACAGUUGACCAUUUGGGUUCACGAGAACUACCCGUUGACUCCUCCUCUUGUGUUUGUGAUCCCUCCUGACUCGACCGUCCCGGUUCGGACGAACCACCCAUUCGUCAACUCUUCUGGUUUCACAAACUCUAACUACAUCGAAACAUGGGAAUACCCACCAUGCAACCUACUAGACUUCGUUAGAAACCUCAGGAGAGUUCUUGCCAAUGACCACCCGUUUGUACAGACAGACUCAGUCCAGAGUCCGACAAAGACUCGAUCGGUUUCAAGACCCGAAGCUCUAGACAGAUUAGUCACGAGUCUUCACUACGACGUGUUGGCAAUCAUGGAGAGAUCAGAGGAAGAGAUUGAAAGCCUCUGGAGACUACAGAAAGAAAUGAAGCAAAGAUCAGACUCGGUGAGAACGAUCAUCAGUGGCCUUGAGACAGAGAGGGAGACACUUAAGGAGAAUGUUCUGAAGCUCAAAGACGACACAGAUGCUCUGGCGAUAUGGGUGGAGAGGAACUAUCCCAAACUGAUGAAAGCAACGUCCAGGGACGUGGGAGAUGAAGAGAUGUUUGAAAUGGAAGAAGAGAAGAAACUGUUGGUGGAGAGCUUGGCGACAGAUAAGGCCACUGAAGAUGUGUUGUGUACGUUGGAAGAAGGCAGUAGAAGGGGAGAGAUGGAGAUUGGUUCGUAUCUGAAGCAUGUUAGAGUCUUGGCUAGAGAACAGUUCUUCUCGAGGCAUCAUCACCUAUUUAAAAAUUAAAAAAAAAAAAACAGAGUAUUUUGGAUUUCAUUUUAAUCUUCCCCUAUUAUCCAUAUAUUUUACAUAGUGUUCUCAAAAUCGGUUUACCCUCCAUCUAUUCGAUAAAUCAAACCUAAAAUCAGUCUAGGUACUUAAAUAUUGGUUCAAGUGUCCGCCUAAUCACUAGACUCUUAUUAUAAAACAUCUAAAGUAUUCCUGACGAUUUCUUGAGUAUUGAUUUUACAGGAACUUCCAGACGUUUAUAUAGUACAUAACAUAUGGCCCCGGUGCAUUGUUUGGCUCGUAACUAAGUUAUGUUACAAAAAAAAAAAAUACUAAUGUGUUCACUGGUAACUAAUGCUGUCAAAACAUGGAUAGAUCUUCUUCCAUAUUCAUAUAUAAGUAAUUAAUUUUCCGUUACAUUUAAUAGUAUCGUUUUGUAUUUCCAAGAAUAAUCUAUUAUACACUAUUUUGAUGAUGUUAGCAUUUCAUAGUUAUUGAAAUAUGGAAUUUCUGAUUGUCAAUGUAACUGGUGGUGGUGACUUUUAGUUGCCUCACAAAAGAGAAAGCACCCACGACUUGGUGAAGAAGCAAUUGCAUAAGAUUCCAACACGGGUGUAUACAAAAACAGAGGUUACAAGAGAAGAUCUUACAUGUUGCUGAUCACAGUCGCAGGUUUCAUGUUUGGACAGCAUUGAAGAUGUAAAGAACAAGCAUAAACUUUGUGGUCAAAGUUUCUCAACGAGGGGAGAUUUGAUACAGGAAAAGAGAUGCCACAUCAUAGGGGUUGUCACGGAGGAAAAGAGAUAUAAAGGCAGGGAAGUCAAAGAUUAGAGGAAUGAAGAAAAUUGUAAACAGUUUGUUAGAACUUUUUUUUUCUCUUUCUCUGUGUGUGGUUACUAUGAUUUUGCUGUGGAACUUUCAUGGAAAAUCCCUCAUUGUUGUUCUGUAGCUGUUUCUUAUGCUAAGCUCUUC